AGCGCAUAUUGAAGGGAAGGCUGUUUCUUUGAUCUUUAUUUUAUUUUAUAUAUUCUAUUUCCCUUAUAAUCUCAACCAAUAAUAUCUCAAUAACCACCACCAUAGCCAUGGAAUCUUUCUUUGUUAGGAACAACACAUUUUUUCAGCGGGAAGAGGAUACGGGCAUGGACUUGGCAUGGAUGAUUGAGUUCCUGAAGGGCAUGGUGAAGCCGGUGGCGGCAACCGCAGUGGUGGGCCUAGCAGUGGGCUUGUCUUUCUGGCAGAAGCUGGGCCUAGAGUCCGAGAUGUUUGUUGCCAUUGUGAGGGCGUUUAUUCAGCUCUCUAUCAUUGGCUUUGUUUUGCAGUUCAUAUUCAAUCAGGGUAAUGCUGGAUGGAUCAUUCUAGCAUACCUUUUCAUGGUAUCAGUGGCUGGUUAUACAGCGGGGCAGCGAGCGAAACACGUGCCUAGCGGAAAGUAUGUGGCGGGUGCUUCCAUACUGACCGGAACAUCGGUGACCAUGUUUUUGCUGGUUAUAUUGAAUGUGUUCCCUUUCACUCCCAGAUACAUCAUACCUGUCGCCGGCAUGUUGGUCGGAAACUCUAUGACUGUAACCGGAGUUACCAUGAAGAGACUUCGUGAUGACAUUAAGACUCAAAUCAACUUGGUUGAGACGGCUUUGGCGCUUGGCGCGACCCCACGACAAGCUUCUCACCAGCAACUGAAGAGGACUCUGAUCAUAGCACUAUCUCCGGUGAUAGACAACACAAAAACAGUGGGUUUAAUAUCUCUUCCCGGAGCAAUGACUGGUCUAAUCAUGGGAGGUGCGUCGCCAUUGGAAGCGAUUCAGCUGCAGAUUGUAGUGAUGAACAUGAUGAUUGGUGCAUCCACUAUGAGCAGCAUAAUGGCCACUUACCUUUGUUGGCCAUCAUUCUUCACCAAGGCCUAUCAAUUGGAGACCAAAGUCUUCACAGAUUGAUUCCGUUACUCCAAACCACAAAUUUUUAAAUGAUUAAUUCUUCAUCCCCAUGAUUCAGUGUGACAAUAAUUCUUUCUGUUCAAGUCACCUCUAACUGUAUAGGAUUGGGUUGUUUUGUUAGUCAAUUUUGGUUUUUUAUGGAACAAGCUAAGGUCAUUGUGUUUUGAUUCUCAACAUUACUUUGUGUGUAAAAAUGCGAUCAAAUCAAAGUGUUACUCUGUUGAAUAUUA